CCGGUGCGCCCGUGACCAGCCGGUCGGUAGGACAGCAGGAGUGAGUGAGUAAAAGAAGAAGAAAAAGCAGGACAGAAAACAGAAAACCUGACGUUAGACACAGUCGAGGUUUUAAAGAGCUGUUACAGAGAAAGAAAAGUCUAGGAGGGAAAAAAAAUUAGUGAGGAGAAAAACGACAUGAUUGAGAUGGAGAACUCGGUACCGUACGAUAACGGCUUCUAUCAGGAAGAGGAGGACUACAUGAUGCAGGAGGAAGAGUGGGACCGAGACCUACUGCUGGACCCGGCAUGGGAGAAACAACAGCGCAAGACGUUCACUGCAUGGUGUAACUCCCAUCUGAGAAAAGCUGGCACACAGAUCGAGAACAUCGAGGAAGAUUUUAGGAACGGCCUCAAACUCAUGCUGCUGCUCGAAGUCAUCUCAGGUGAACGGUUACCCAAACCUGACAGAGGGAAAAUGCGAUUUCACAAAAUAGCUAACGUCAACAAAGCUUUGGACUUCAUCACCAGUAAAGGAGUGAAGCUCGUCUCCAUCGGCGCUGAAGAGAUCGUAGACGGGAACGUGAAGAUGACUCUGGGAAUGAUCUGGACCAUCAUCCUGAGAUUCGCCAUUCAGGACAUCUCCGUAGAAGAAACCUCGGCUAAAGAAGGCCUUCUGUUGUGGUGUCAGAGGAAAACGGCUCCUUACAGGAAUGUUAACGUCCAGAACUUUCAUGUCAGCUGGAAGGACGGCCUGGCGUUCUGCGCCCUCAUCCACAGGCACAGGCCCGACCUCAUCGACUACGCCAAGCUCAACAAGGACGAUCCUCUGGGGAAUCUGAAUCUGGCGUUCGACGUGGCGGAGAAACACCUCGAUAUUCCCAAGAUGCUGGAUGCAGAGGACAUUGUGAACACUCCUAAACCUGAUGAGAGAGCCAUAAUGACGUACGUCUCCUGCUUCUACCACGCCUUCGCUGGAGCAGAACAGGCUGAGACAGCUGCUAACCGCAUCUGUAAAGUUUUGGGGGUGAAUCAGGAGAACGAGAAGCUGAUGGAGGAUUAUGAGAGACUGGCCAGCGAGUUGUUGGAGUGGAUAAGGCGCACCACCCCGUGGUUGGAGAACCGCGUAACGGAGAAGUCCGUGGCUCUGAUGCAGCGUAAGCUGGAGGAUUUCCGUGAUUACCGUCGUCUUCACAAGCCGCCCAAAGUGCAGGAGAAAUGUCAGCUGGAGAUCAACUUCAACACUCUGCAGACCAAACUGCGCAUCAGCAAUCGACCUGCCUUCAUGCCCUCUGAGGGGAAGAUGGUUUCGGACAUAGCGAGUGCGUGGCAGGGUCUGGAGCAGGCGGAGAAAGGCUUCGAGGAAUGGCUGUUAACGGAGAUCCGCAAACUCCUUAGGGUCGAUCACCUGGCUGAGAAAUUCCAUCAGAAAGCCACCACUCAUGAGACCUGGGCCUCAGGUAAGGAGGAGCUCUUGAUACAGAAAGACUACGAAUCUGCAUCACUGAUGGAAAUUCGAGCUCUGCUGAGGAAGCACGAAUCGUUCGAGAGCGACCUCUCGGCUCAUCAGGACAGAGUGGAACAGAUCGCUGCCAUUGCACAGGAACUUAAUGAGUUGGACUAUCAUGAUGUAGCAGCAGUGAAUCAGAGGUGUCAGAGUAUCUGUGAUGUCUGGGACAAGCUUGGGACUCUCACCCAGAAACGGCGUGAGGCGCUAGAGAGGACCGAGAAGCUUCUGGAAACAGUAGAGCAGCUGUUCUUGGAGUACGCAAAGAGAUCUGCUCCCUUCAACAACUGGAUGGAGGGAGCCAUGGAGGACCUGCAGGACAUGUUCAUAGUGCACACUAUUGAGGAAGUCCAGAAUCUCAUCACAGCCCACGAGCAAUUUAAAGCCACUCUCCCAGAGGCGGACGCAGAGAGACAGGCCAUCCUGGGCAUCCAGCAGGAAGUGCAGAAGAUUUUUCAUAGUUACAGUAUCCGUGGUGACCUCAUCAACCCUUAUAGCACCAUCAGCCCUGAGGAGAUCAUGAGCAAGUGGGACAAGGUAAAGAAGCUGGUUCCUCAGAGAGAUAGUGCUCUGCAGGAGGAACUAGCGCGACAGCAUGCUAACGAGAGGCUCCGGCGUCAGUUCGCUGCCCAGGCCAACGUCAUCGGCCCCUGGAUCCAGACCCGGUUGGAGGAGAUUGGCCGAUGCGCCCUUGAACUGGGCGGGACUUUGGAAGACCAGAUGACACAACUGAAGCAAUGUGAGCAUGUGAUCGUCAACUAUAAGACCAACAUAGAUAAACUGGAGGGAGAUCACCAGCUCAUCCAGGAGUCACUUAUAUUCGAUAACAAACACACCAGCUACACCAUGGAGCAUAUCCGUGUCGGUUGGGAGCUUCUCUUGACCACCGUCGCUCGCACCAUCAAUGAGAUCGAGACUCAGAUUCUGACUCGAGACGCCAAAGGCAUCAGCCAGGAACAGAUGAGCGAGUUUCGCUCCUCGUUUAAACACUUCGACCGGAAGAAGAAUGGUGCGAUGGACACUGACGACUUCAGGGCGUGUCUCAUUUCAAUGGGCUAUGACCUGGGAGAGGUGGAGUUUGCCCGGAUCAUGCUGCUGGUUGACCCAAACGCCACUGGAGUCGUAACCUUCCAGUCUUUCAUCGACUUCAUGACCAGAGAGACUGGAGACACGGACACGGCAGAUCAGGUGGUCGCAUCCUUCAGGAUCCUAGCCACAGACAAGCCGUACAUCCUGAUAGACGAGUUGAGGCGGGAGCUUCCUCAUGACCAGGCUGAGUACUGCAUCUCCAGGAUGCCACCGUACACCGGGCCCGGGGCUGUACCAGGAGCUCUGGACUACACCGCCUUCUCCACCGCCCUCUAUGGCGAGAGCGACCUUUAACCUUACACACACAAGCAUACAGUACACACACACACACACACACACACACACACAAAAUAACCUUUGAUCCAUGACAGAGCACCAGUUCUAUAAAAAUAAAAUAUUUUGUAUGCAAUUUCAGCCAAAAUCUUCACCUGAAUUGGUUUCUCAAAAUUAAUUUAUUCAGAUACAAUUUAAGGGGAAAAUUAAAGAAAAUCUGAGUUUGAUUCUCUAAAUUAAUCACACAAUCCUGUAUAAGAACUGAUUUGUCUGUCUGUCUGUCUAAUGUUUCAUCUAUCUAUCUAUCUAUCUAUCUAUCUAUCUAUCUAUCUAUCUAUCUAUCUAUCUAUCUAUCUAUCUGUCUGUCUGUCUGUCUGUCUGUCUGUCUGUCUGUCUGUCUAAUGUUUCAUCUGUCUGUCUGUCUAAUGUUUCGUUUGUCUAAUGUUUCGUCUGUCUGUCUGUCUAUCUAAUGUUUCGUCUGUCUGUCUGUCUGUCUAAUGUUUUGUCUGUCUGUCUGUGUAAUGUUUCGUCUGUCUGUCUGUCUGUGUAAUGUUUCGUCUGUCUGUCUGUGUAAUGUUUCGUCUGUCUGUCUGUCUGUGUAAUGUUUCGUCUGUCUGUCUGUCUGUCUGUCUGUGUAAUGUUUCGUCUGUCUGUCUGUCUGUGUAAUGUUUCCUCUGUCUGUCUGUCUAAUGUUUCAUCUGUCUGUCUGUCUGUCUGUCUGUCUGUCUGUCUGUCUGUCUGUGUAAUGUUUCGUCUGUCGGUCUGUCUGUCUGUCUAAUGUUUCAUCUAUCUAUCUAUCUAUCUAUCUAUCUAUCUAUCUAUCUAUCUAUCUAUCUAUCUAUCUAUCUAUUUCUCUAUCUAUCUGUCUAUCUCCCUGUGUGUGUGUGUGUGUGAGAUUACAAAACUCGUAAUUGAAUGUUCCUAAAUUAUAAAACUCAAACCUGACUCAUAUUAAAAAGAUAAACAGUCCUUUAACAUGUAGCUUCAUGUAGCUAUGAGGCUGCUAACAUUACACCAUACUGCAGCUUUACACACAAUUUACCAGUGAACUAUUUUGUCGGUGUGGAAAUAAAGCUAUUAAAAAAAGAA